AUGAAGGCCAUAAUAUGCCCUGGUCAAGGUGUGUUCAACGUGAAAACCUUGCUAAGGCUCUCCAAGCACAUCAAGUCAUCUACGUAUCACACGGAGUUUGUCCGUCAUGUUGAUAAUUCUUUGAAACUCCCGAUCAAAAAGUACCUUCUUACCCCGGACGAACUGACCCCCAAUGAUUUGAACAAUCUCCAAAAAACAUCGUAUCAGCAACCGUUACUCUUACUAGCCAGUUACCUGCUGCUAGAAUUAAACAACUACAAAAUCACCCCAGGCAACACAGACUUUAUGGUUGGCCAUUCAAUGGGUGAAUUGACACUUCUAACCCUGCAGAAAAAAAUAUCCAUUGAAGGUAGCAUCAAACUAGCCUACACUAGAGGUGUUCUCAUGGAAAGUGUCGUUGAAAAGCUGGAAAACCCCACAGAGUUCAAACUCUAUGCUUUAAUGAUCAAACCGAAAGACUUCCGUUUCAUCCAGGACACUUUAGAACUCAACCCUCAUGUAAAUAUCUCCAAUAUCAACGGAUUCAAUCAAAUCGUAAUCUCUGGAAGAGAGUCCAAGUGUCUACAGCUUUUUGAACAGUUCAAGCUUGAUAAGAUCAGCUUUAAACCUAUCGACCUGAAAGUGAGUAUACCGUUUCACAAUCCAGUGUUGGAUCCAGUGAUACCGAAACUAUCAUUAUACAUUACUACACAUCAACUAUUUGAUAACUCUUCCCUAUCGAUCCCUUCAAUAUCCAACCUCAAUGGUCAGGUAGUCAAGGAAACUCAAACUUUCGUUGAUAAUUUCAUUCAGACUACUAAUAAAACAGUUAACUUUUUAGGUUGUCUGGAGACCCUAAUCAAAGAAUCACAAGACGACCAGCUUGAGAUUCACAACAUUAGCGCAGUCAGCACCAAUCUAGUAAAGAGCUUUGCGAAACAAAAAGGGCUGAAAAACAUCACCAACAUUGACUUGGAAGAGCACUAUUGGGGGACAUAA